AUGGUAAUGGAGAGCAGUCAAGCUCAGAUAACAGAUAACGCACCAAUAAAAGGUUUACAAAUAUCUACCACACCACCGACACCGCCAAAUGAUGAAAGCAGUGUUGAGAGCAGUGCAGUCAGUCAGUUAUCGCGAAAACCGAGUAAUGCCGCUUGUGCUAAAAAUACAUUAAAGCGAUCGUUUGAUGUGGCCUUUCUGAUGAUGCCCGACGAACGUUUAAAGCAAAGCCAGUCUGAAAAUAAACGGCCGGUGCCGCCGGCGCAAUUACAAUCGCAAGAACAAUUCUACUCACAAAUGUAUAAGCAAGAGUUCAAUGUUCGGCCAGAGUUAAGACGCUAUCCGCAAAUUAUGGUGCGGACGCCGCGAGUUUACGACGAUCCUACCGUUGUAAUAUCACCAACGAAUUGGGAAUCGUCUCCAUUGAAAAGUGCAUUCACGAAAGUUACGUCGCGUUUAGAGUCGCCCGGAGAGCCGGCGCCAUCGCUAAGUCCAGAUCAGCUAAGUUGCUCAUCAAUGAGUCCACCAGUUGCCACCACACCACCGCGUUCAGCUAGCGGCAGCAGUAGCGACAUUAUCUCAAUUGAUAAUAUGAUGCCUUCACCUGCACCCUCAGUGGUUGGCUAUCAAAACUUCCGGCCUGACUAUCCGCCAAAUGGUGCAUUUCAAUCUGUACAAGCGUUUCACAAUCAGCGAUUAAAACAUCAACUUUUAUAUCGGGCGCCAGUUUUAAUACCCGACCAUUCUGCCGGGCCUUCAACGAGCCCACCAGACUUUCUACCGGCUUACCCAGGCUUCAGUUUUCCUCCCGCUGCAAGUGGAUUAGCUCAUCCAUUUGCAGCAGUUCCUCAGCCGGAAUUGCCAAGAAUUGUUCAAAAUCCAGCCGCGGCCGCAAUCUUAUCGACAUUAAUUCCACCCACAUUAGCUUCAACAUUUACCCUUACCGCUCAAAAUGUUUGCGCUAAAUGUAACAUUAGUUUUCGCAUGACCAGUGAUUUAGUUUAUCAUAUGCGCUCCCAUCACAAAAGUGAAGUGUCAGCGGAUCCGAAUCGCCGCAAACGCGAAGAGAAACUCAAAUGUCCCGUUUGUCAGGAGAGCUUUCGCGAACGGCAUCACCUUACGCGCCAUAUGACCGCCCAUCAAGAUAAAGAAAGUGAUCAAACCUCUUCCACCCCAAGCACACCAGCCGGUGCAUCAUCGCACAAUUGCACCGCAAGUCAUAAUGGUCGCUUAAAUUCAACGCGCAACACCACAUUCACCAAAUGA